AUGCCUCUACUGGCCUCCGUUGAUGACAAUAACGGUGAAGGAUAUCCAAUUACCCUUACUGAGGAUGAAUCCUUAGGUACUCCAGAAGAGUGCUUAAUCCGUAUCGGUAUUAGUGGACAUACCUCUCCUCAAUUCAUUAAAAAGGAAUUAGGAUCUGCAGGUACUGAAGACCCAUUAAAUCAACGUCAAAUCUCUAUCGGUUGGAAGCUUGAUACCUUAGGUUAUAAAGUUGUCAACCCAGAUGCAGUCAUUGACUAUAUGUGUAUUCCAACUAUGUAUCGUGUCAAUAUUAAUGCUCGUCCAGAUCUCAAAAAUCAAUUCACUGACUAUGCAUAUGGUUAUAUGGAUGAUGCUGGUAACUACUAUCACCCAGAACAAGUAGCAUCUUACUUCGAUGGUAAGUUCUGGAGCUACGUUGUCCGUGGUACUAAUACCAUCGUCCAUACUGUCAAGAUGGCAGAUUUAGUUAAACCUAUCGGUACUAAAUCCUUCAAUCGUAUCAGUAAAGCUGGUCAACAUGCUAUUGCUCAUAGGUACUGUUCCAACAACUCAAUUUGCUUAAUCGCUGAAGAUAAAGCAAAACACUGA